AUGGAGUCGAUGCGGCCUGCUCGGCCCCAGACGGUCAAGGAGCUGGUGGCUCAGGCUGAGAACUUCAACUUUAACGCGAAUAUUCCUGUCAAGCACUGGACGCGCGCCGCUGAGACAUUAUAUAAAGAGGCCGGGUUUGCAGUCUCCGAUGGCGAUUAUGGACGAGCAUACAUGAUGCUCUACCGACACUCGGUCCUCGUCCUCCAGUACCUUCCCUCGCACCCGCAGAUCAAGGAUCCCGAGAAUAAAAAGGCAUUUUCUGCCUUGUCGAAGCGUAUCGGACGUGUGAUUCAGGACCUCGAACAACUGAAACCCGAAAUCGAGAAUGCUGUCAAGGAAUGGGAGCGGAUGGCGCCUCCGCCCCAGGCGGCGAAUAAGACGUCGGAACCUUCGAGAUAUGAAGAGUUUGCGGCCCGAGACCCAAGCUUAACCGGAAACGCCAAGAUCCUAGAUGCCUUUGAGAACCAAGACCUGGCUGUUGACCUGGCCCAGAAGGAGCUGAUUCGAAGAGACACGGCAAGGCGAGCGACAAGGAAGGCUGGUAUCUCGGAUGAGGAUAUCAUGUCUCGAAGGAUGGGAGGGAGAUGGGAUCAGUGGGAUGGCGAUGAUCUGCGACAACAAAUGGAGGCGACGAGGCAGGCACUCGAUUCGGCUCGUGAGCGACGUAAUGAUGAGGAUUUCCGGACAGCGCCGGUAUCGCAGUCGUACAACUAUCCGUCCAUCUCAAAGUCGAGGCCGGUGGAUUAUGAGAGGUCAAUAACACCGACAACACCUUCGAUCCAGCCGAGUCGACCGCCAAAGGAACCCAUAUCUCUACCACCCAAGGAACCGUUGUAUCCUACAUCGGGAUCUGGAACUCUUCCACCGAGUCUGCCUCAAAAGGUCCCCCUCUCUCAAUACGCCCCCCUCCUCCCAUCUCCUCAACCCACAACGGCCGACCGACCCCAAGUGCCUCGAAAGGAGGCCAUCAGCCCGCCGCCAACGCUUCCUAAGAAGGAGCGUCUGACGUUCAAGCCGGGCGCAUAUCUGGAGAAUGGCGAUCCUAUACGCUCACUGUUCAUUCCCAGACAACUCCGUCAGCAGUUCCUCAAUAUCGCGUCUGAGAACACGCGCCGAGGGCUCGAAAUGUGUGGGAUGCUCUGCGGAACUCCCAUCAAUAACGCCCUUUUUGUUCGAUGUCUUUUGAUCCCCGACCAAAAAUGCACUUCGGAUACUUGCGAGACGGAGAACGAAGAGUCCAUGUUUGACUACUGUAUGAAGGAAGACCUACUGCUGCUGGGAUGGAUCCACACGCACCCGACACAGACGUGCUUCAUGAGCUCUCGAGACCUGCACACGCAUGCUGGAUAUCAGGUCAUGAUGCCUGAGAGUGUGGCCAUUGUUUGCGCACCCAAAUUCACGCCCUCGUAA